GCCGUUUCCGUGGAAACCAAUUCACACACCCGCACUCUGUGUUUUAGCUGGUUAUUUCUUUAAUUUUUAAACGUGGUUUUAAAUACUUAGUUUCACAAUGAGUAAUGAUUACUACGAGACGAUGGAAAUAAAUAGAAACGCAACAGAUGCAGACAUCAAAAAGGCAUAUCGACGCCUUGCACUGAAGUUUCAUCCGAAAAGAAACAGAGAGCCUGGAAGCUCCCAGAAAUUUACCCAGUUGAGUGAAGCCUAUGAUGUUUUAAGCGACCCUCGAAAAAAGGCAACUUACGACAAGUUUGGAGAGGAAGGCCUGAGAGGUGGUAUUCCACUUGAGUUUGCCAGCGAUGGAGCUUGGUCAUCAAAAUACGUCUACCAUGGGAAUCCUGACCAGACAUUCAAAGAGUUUUUCGGGGGUGACAACCCAUUUGCAGACUUCUACACAAAUGAUGUGCCGCUUCAGUUCGGUGGCCUGCAGCCACAAGUGCCCAAAACGCAAGAUUCCCCAAUAGAGAGAGACCUUUAUUUGUCCCUGGACGAUCUCUUCCAUGGAUGCACAAAAAAGAUCAAGAUAUCUCGCAGAGUCAUGAAUGAUGAUGGAUGCACAUCCAGUAUCAAAGACAAGAUUCUGAGUAUAGAUGUCAAGCCUGGAUGGAAUGAAGGCACAAGAAUUACUUUCCCCAAAGAGGGAGAUCAGGGACCAAACAGCAUUCCCGCAGAUAUUGUGUUUAUUGUGCGACAGAAGACUCAUCCUCUGUUUGUGAGACAUAACAAUGACCUCAUCUAUAAAGCAAAGAUUACUCUGGAGAUGGCUUUAACUGGCUUCUCUGUGGACGUGCAGACACUAGAUGGCAGGCUACUCUCUGUUCCUAUCAAUGACAUUGUGCACCCUGGAUACCAAAAAGUCCUGUCCGGAGAGGGAAUGCCGCUGUCCAAGAAUCCUUCCCAGAGAGGAAACCUCAUCAUUACUUUUGACCUUGAGUUCCCCAAGAAGCUUUCUGCUGAGAGGAAGUAUCUGAUCAAGCAAGCUCUGUCUUUUAAAGCUUAAUCACAUUCCAAAUACAUGUGUAACCAGAAUGAUUGAUUAGACUGUUCAUGUGGCUACAUGUCUGUCAGGAGAGAGCAAUACUGAUAUAUUUGCAAAUCA